AGACGAUGACGCAUAUAAAUAUUGUGUAAAACAGCCUUUGAUGAAAUAGAAAGUGAAAAGGAAACUCUGUAAGACAGAAACAUGGGUCGAGGUGAGGUCCGCGCCCGGGGGAAACAGGGGCGGAUCGCGGUACCCGCUAUGCCCCGUCCGAUGGCGAUACUGUGUUGUGUUCUGAAUUUUCUCGUCCCAGGUUUGGGAACAAUAAUAGCGGGAUUUAGCGUCUGUUGCAGUGCACACAGUGAAGACAUGACAUGUUGCGAGAAGCUGGAUAGUUGUGGUAUCAGCUUCUGGAUCGGGAUACUUCAAAUUCUCACCCUUCCUGUCCUUCUGGUGGGGUGGAUCUGGAGUUGUAUCUGGGGCGUGUCCUUUAUUAGAAUGUCGAGUGAGUACUACACACAUAAUCCAGUUAUGGACGAAGGUCAUGUGAUUCAAUCGAACCAAUCAAAUGUUGUCAUCACGCCUCCUCGUGCUAAUCCGCAUGGUUAUCCAGGGGCACCGGUAGUAGUAGAGCAACCAGGUUAUCCUCCACAACAUCAAACACACGGAGGUUAUCAUCCGGGCUACCAACAGCAGCAGUAUUACGGACACGACCAACCACCGCAGUCUUACGGCGCCACGCCAUCAGCGCCGCCUGCAGAAAGUCAAGAAUACCAACAUCUGGGACCUAGCGGGUAUGGAGGAAAUUCACAACCAGGGCCGUACUAUGGGGAACCUCCACCUCCGUAUUCCGAGUGCGAUGCUCCUCCCCUUAAACCCCCUGUGAAAUCAUGAUGUUUCUUGUUGUUUUCAAACUGUUCUUUACAUUAUAUUUUAUUCAUGUUUUUACCACGUUUAUAAUAAAAGUAACGUAUAAAGUGUCCUGUGAUAAGUGGCCAUAUAGGGAAUUAUGACGGGGUACAUAUACAUUUUAUGUUAUGAGCUAUUAGAUCCAUCCACAAGCUGUUCUAA